AUGUUGCAAGAUGUUAUCCACCCUCCAACACCGCCUGAACAACUCUCCAUUGAUGAGAUUUCAAGCCCGAUCAGUGCUCGAAUUUUCGAACUAUGUGACUCUGAAUUCUUCCCAGAGACACUGCCAAAUUCUGAGGUUACCUCCAGCUCCAAUUGUUGCCAUGAAGAGAUUUCCUCAUAUGCCACAAACCUAUCUCCAACUUUAGAUGUAGACAACAAUAAGAUCAAUAGUAACAACAACAAUAUAGUCACCACCCCAUCUAGUACUACAGCAACCAACACCAACAACAACAACGACACAACAAACAGUACUAACUUGUCUAUUAUCUUUGACUCCCAAGAAGAAAUUGACAAUGACAUCUCAGCCUCCAUAGACUUCUCAUCAUCUCCAGCUUUCGUGGUUCCCCCUCUUCUCCCAAUCACAAUUCAACAGGAACACUUUGAUUUCUCUUCAGCUCAGCCACAAGUGGUGCAACUAUCAGCAACAAGUAGUUCAGUUUUGAAGGGCCUCUCUCAGUAUCACACUGACCCUAUUGUUGCACCCCUUGCUGGGGCUCCAUUACCAUCUGUUUUUGAAGAUGAUUGCAUAUCUUCCAUCCCUUCUUAUGUGCCUCUUAAUCCUUCAUCUCCUUCUUGCUCUUAUCUAAGUCCUGGCAUAGGAGUGUACAUGCCUCAAGGGCCCCUUAACACUGCUUUAUCUGCGGAUGGUUCUGGUUUGUUUGGUGGCAACAUUCUACUGGGGUCUGAACUGCAGACACAAGAAUUGGACUACCAAGGAGAAAAUGUUAGAAUUUAUUGUACAGAUUCAAUUCAGAGGGUGUUUAACCCACCAGACCUUCAGGCACUUGGUGGUGAGAGCCAGAAACUGGUAUGUGGGGCUGGGAGUUCUGCCACUUUGGCACCAGAAAUCUGUCACUUGGAGGACUCUACCUUAAAGGUUGGAAAACUUUCUGUUGAGCAAAGGAAAGAAAAGAUUCAUAGAUACAUGAAGAAGAGAAAUGAAAGAAAUUUCAGCAAGAAAAUCAAGUAUGCAUGCCGCAAAACUUUGGCAGAUAGUAGACCCCGGGUUAGAGGAAGGUUUGCAAAGAAUGAUGACUUUGGAGAGAGCCAUAGACAAGCUAGUAGCAAUCAUGAAGAUGAUGAUGAAGAAAUAAUUGUGAAAGAAGAUGAUGAUAUGGUUGAUUCCUCAGAUAUCUUUGCCCAUAUAAGUGGGGUGAACUCCUUCAAAUGCAACUAUUCCAUCCAGUCCUUGAUUUGA